AUGGAGGUGGUUAUACGCAGGUUCGUUGCAGAAGAUAUUUACAGAUUAAAUGAGACUAAUCUGGACAGCUAUACGGAGAACUUCAUGAGCUCGUUCUACUGGGAAUUUCUGGCUCGGUGGCCCGACCUCUGCCGUGUGGCGCAGGCACUCGACGGUCGGAUAGUCGGGUACAUCCUGGGGCGACUGGACGCAGACCCUCUGGAGGGCAACGAGCCGAGUGUCCAACGGUCGAAUGCCCAACGGUCGAACGCCCAACGGUCGAAUGUCCAAGGGUCGAACGCCCAAGGGUCGAACGGUGAACACUCGGGGGCGGACGCCGGGCAGCAAUCUUGGCGGGGGCACGUGAGCGCGCUAUCAGUGGCGCCUGCCUUCAGGAAUCGGAGGGUCGCGCAGCAACUCAUGCGUCACUUCGAAGAAGCGUGCUUCGCCGUGGGCGUACACUUCAUAGACCUCUUCGUGCGGGCGUCCAACCAGCCAGCCAUCAACCUCUACUCCUCCCGUGGAUACCGAACACACAAAGUGGUCCGCGGCUACUACAGCAACGCGGAAAACGCCCACGACAUGCGGCUGUAUGCCAAAGACUUUCAUAAAACCCAACCGGACCACACCUCUGCUCAACCUGCCACCUAA